AUGCACGCACAGCACACCACUCUCGGGCACCACACCGUGACGCACGGCGCCUCGAUGGCCACCACCAGACACUACCACGGUCACCUGGGGCUGGCGCGCGGUGCCACGGAGAGGGCGAUAAGGAGGCAGUGCCGGAGCCUCGCCCUCGCCGCCCACCCUGACAAAAACCCGCAGGACGUGGCGGCGGCCACGGCAAUGCUCCAGCAGCUGCAGCUGGAGGUGCAGACUUUCUGCGACACCGACUCAAGGGUCACCACCACGACGGUGGCCCUCACCUACACGGACGUGGCGGCAAGGGCCAAGGAACAAGGAGAAGACAACUGUGAGGAGUGCCUCAGCGGUAUGACUGCCCAGGAGCAGCAAAGGCGCCUGCAGGAGCGGCAGGACCGUAUCAGCGAGCGACGUGUCGAGCGGCAGGAACGACUGCAGCAGCUCAACGGCGAUGGCAAGACGAAGAAGCGUAAGGGACGCAGGGCCCGGCGGCUACAGGCCAAGGCGGAGGAGGAGCUUUCUCGGCGGCCUCGCAAGAUCAGGUUCAACCUGAAGGACGUCCCCAAACCCGUCAGGACCGGGUUCCUGUACCGCCUCUACCAGUCCAGGAAAGGCGGCAUGGUGCAGCAGUGGCGCAACCGCCUCGCCCCUCAACAACAGCGAGGCGGCGUGGCGGCAGGAGUUGGAAGCCCUGGCGGCCAAGCGAGGCUGGCGGGCCGAGGGCCUCGAAAGUGA